AUGUCAAAAAAGUUGUCUGUUGAUACUUAUCGCAACGAAGAAAGCAAAACUAUAAAUGCAUUAUUAGAAAUGACUAACAAAAUAUUAACGCAAAACACUUCUAUUAUGGAGAAACAAGAAGCUCUAGAGUCUACAGUUAUACACCUUGUUAGAGACAUUAAGGCUUUACAAUCUUCACAAGAAAAUUUAAAGUCGAAGGCAAAUGACAAUAGAGCGACACAAGAUAUAAAGUUCUCUAUAGAUAAUUGGCUUUAUUCCAAUGAAAGAAUUUAUGAAGAAUCCAUUCAUAAAGAGCUUGAAGAAUUUUGCCCUGAUAAAAUAGAACAGUAUAAAAAAAUUUCCAGAUGGGAAGGAUUGUAUAGCAAGAUUGAAAAUUUGUACCGUGAAGCUUUAUUCGAAUCUUUUCAUCAUGCUGUGUUUGAGAAUGUUUUUAAAAAUAAGAUUUCGCUCUUUGUUAAUUCAGAAAGUUCUGAAGCCGAAAUAACUUCUUGGAAAUCAAGUAAAGAGGUACAAUGGUGUUUCAAAAACUUGGACACAAUUAUUGAAGAAGAGAAUAAAACAUAUUUUCAAAUGGUUGCCAAAAAAGUAUUUGGCCGACAACCUACAAAGAACCAAUGUGCAGUAACACGAGCUAUCUUACAUAAUUUGUUCAAUUCCGAAAUUGUCAAAAUUAAAUUCGACGAAAAAUAUUUAACAAGAAAAUUAAAAUCUUUCUUGGUAG